AUUUUCGGCUUUUCAAUAGCAGCCGCAACAGGAAAUCAUUAAAACGAGGCAAAAAAAGUGCUGCGUUAAAUGCGUUUUUUUUUAACGCGUUAAACAUUUCAAAUUAAUCGCAAAGAUUAACGCGUUAAUUCCCCCAGCCCUAAUUAAUAUUAAUAAAACAUCCUAACUAUCAGCAUUGGCGUGUUCUACCUCUUUUACUGACGGCUUACAAAAUGAAACAGGUAACGUUAGCACCACAACCAUUAUUUGCACUCGCACAAAUUAGCAGUAACUUACUCCUGAAUAUAUUUUUAGAUUACCGUAUAUAUCGACGGAUUACAUUUUUCACGAGCACAUGCGACCAAAAUGGUUGUAAUUUCGAGCCUAACAACUUUUUCUAUGUAGCUACAGUCAUCCAUAAUUUGAUCUGCUAGCUAGCACUAACGUUAGGUCUUUACAUGUGAACUUGAUGUAGCUAAAUCGUACUGAUAGCAGGUUACACACAGACACACAACAUAUUACCUCGGCCUAGUUAAAAUGUUUAAUAAAUUACAUGACUAGUAGAUUACAUAACAUUAUAAACCAAAAAUAUCCUUACCUCCAGUCAUUGAUGAUCUCACCAGUUUCCAGUAAAACGGGAAGGCGCGGCGCCGAACUCGGGUCUCAGGGAGAAAUAAUGCUGCAGUGGCAGAUAUACCGCAGCGAGAAGAAACAUAGUGGUUCACACCAGCGCGCAUACCGGUGCUGUUUUGGCGCGCAGUGUUCUGAUUUGCUCAUUUACUUUUUUGGUGGAGGCAAUCCUGAAUUACUGAUGGUGAAAUUAUAAUCCGACACUCUCAGACUCUCAGACACCCCCCCCCCCCCUCCCCCCUUCGAUCAAAAAAACUCUUCGGAUCUGCACGAUUCACACAAGUCACCCAGACGGCCGUGAAAAAAGCGAGAGCCGCCGAAAAGCGCGCUGUUUGCACCCCUGAACUUGAAGAUAACCUUUGUUUGAACUCAAAAAUAGUCAAGACAACACAUUACUUUAAGUUAAAAAUUAAACUUAAAAAUGUUCUCUUUAAGUUGAGUUAACUUAUGUUUAGUGGAGUUAACUCACAUUUUUAAGGCAGCAGGUGAACUUUCAUUUCUAAGUUUAACCAGCUGAAAAUGUUUUGGGUCAACUAUCACUUGGUUGGUUUAAGUAAACCUACACAAUGUAGUUUACAUAUUAAACAAUAAUUUAUCAUUAACUGGCAAGUAAAUUAUGUAAGAUGUUGUUUCGGUUUCAUUUCCUUUUUUUUUUGUUUGUUUCUUUUUUCCUCAUGAAGAUCCUCCCCUUGUGCUAACCUAUAAAAUGAGUACUAAAACAAGCAAGAUAUUUAAUUCACUUCCUGAUCAAAGAUGGAUCUGCAAAUCUCAGUUUUUCUUCUCUUCGUUCUUUUCACUGCAGGACACUCUCUGAGAUGUUAUGAGUGUACGGGUCUGACAGGUUCUUGUGAUCAAACGGUACAAACAUGUCCCAGUGGAUCUUCUCAGUGCAUGAGUAUAACAUCUGUGACACAAAUCGGUGACACUACUUCUAAAGGGACAAUUAAAAAUUGUGCUGCUGCCUGUCUAAAUAUGUCCAUGAAUACUGGGAUUUCAAAGACGACUACUUCCUGCUGUAGCUCAGACUUGUGUAAUGCCCAAGAUGCUCCAGAGCCUGUCCCGAAUGGAAAGAAAUGUUACUCUUGUGAUGGACAGAGCUGCUCAGCCAUAUUGAGCUGUUCAGGAACUGAAGACCGCUGCGUUAAUGCAACAGCGACUUUUGGAGGCCAGUCAGCUGUUGUUAAAGGCUGUGUCUCUAAAUCAGUUUGUGAUGCCACAGCGUCAGUUAGUGAUUAUGCGAGCAUCUCAUGUUGUGAGGGGAACCUGUGUAACGGUGCUCAGAGUGUCUCCCAGAGCUUCCUCUUCCUCUGCUGUUCUCUGCUCUCUUACUUCCUGCUGCACUGAAUCCAGCAGUUCUUCAUCCUACAAUCAGACACACUGUACUGAAUAUAGACCUUGUAUUUUCUCUGUACAAUCUGAAAUUCUGAUGUGAAAAUUUAUUAAACAAAAAUACAAAAU